AGCUUAUUUAUAGAAGCCUCUGCUUUGGGAUACUUGAAGGCCCCUAUGGCUGUGUACGAUGAAGACCUCCUGAAGAAUCCUUUCUAUCUAGCUCUUCAGAAGCGGCGUCCAGAUCUCUGCAGGAAAGUGGCUGAAGUCCAUGGAAUUGUCCUAGUACCAUGCAAAGGAAGCCUUUCAAGCAGCAUCCUCUCAACUUGCCAGUUUGACUCUUACGUUCUCCAACCAGUGGAAGAGAACUUCCAGACUUUGAAUGGAAAGGAAAUCUCCAUACAAGGAAAUUUGAUUGUACUUGGCACUGGUUUUAAUCAUCGUCGCUCAGUUCCUGUUCUCUUUGAGGAAACGUUCUACAAUGAGCGAGAGGAGAGCUUUAGUAUCCUAUGCAUAGCUCAUUCUUUAGAAAAAAAGGAAAGUGUAGAAGAAUCCUUGACACCAUCAAAUUCCUAUUCCCUGAAAACUAUUGAAGAUGUGAAGGAGUUCUUGGGAAGGCAUACUGAGAAGUUUGACAAAGCGAUUGCAUCUUUCCACAGGACUUUCAAGGAGCAUGACCGGAAAAGUCUGCGGCACUACAUAGAUUCUCUGAAUGCUCUCUACACCAAAUGCAUCCAGCAAUUACUGAGAGACUCCCACUUUAGGGCCCUUGCAAAGCAGGAACAUCAAAUGAAUCUGAUGAAACAAGCUGUGGAAAUGUAUGUCCACCAUGCUCUUUAUGAUUUGAUCUUUAAAUACGUGGGAACCAUUGAGGCGAGCGAGGAUGGAGCUUUCAACAAAAUCACAAGAAGUCUGCAGGAUUUGCAGCAGAAAGAUCUGGGAGUCAAGCCUGAAUUCAGCUUCAACAUCCCACAUGCCAAGCGAGAAUUGGGCCAGCUGAAUAAGUGUACCUCUCCUCAACAGAAGCUUCUGUGUCUGCGAAAAGUGGUGCAAAUCAUAAUGCAGUCUCCGAGCCAAAGAGUUAACAUCGAGAUCGUGUGCGCAGAUGACCUCCUCUCAGUCUUGCUGUAUUUGCUGGUAAAAACAGAGAUUCCAAACUGGAUGGCAAACUUGAGUUACAUCAAGAACUUCAGGUUUUGUAGCUCGGCGAAGGAUGAACUGGGGUACUGUCUGACCUCUGUUGAGGCUGCGAUAGAAUACAUCCGUCAAGGAAAUCUUUCCGACAGGCCAAUGGGAUCUGAAGGGUUUAGCGAGAAGCUGUUCUUAAGACAAAGAAUGAAUUUGCUCUCUCAGAUGUCCACGACACCAAUAGACUGCUUGUUUCAGCAUGUCGCUUCGGGCAACCAGGAUGAAGUAGAGCGCUUACUGAGCCAAGGGGACAGCGAUAAGGACACUGUACAAAAAAUGUGCCACCCGCUCUGUUUUUGCGACAAAUGUGAAAAACUGGUUUCUGGGAAGCUGAAUGAUCCGUCCAUUGUCACACCUUUUUCGAGAGAUGACCGGGGAUUCACUCCACUUCAUAUAGCCGCUAUAUGUGGGCAAGCCUCGUUAAUUGACUUGUUAGUCUCCAAAGGAGCCGUUGUCAAUGCUACGGAUUACCACGGAUCAACGCCGCUUCACCUUGCCUGUCAGAAAGGAUAUCAGAAUGUUACUCUCCUUUUGCUGCACUAUAAAGCUAGCACUGAAAUUCAAGACAACAGUGGCAACACAGCACUGCAUUUAGCUUGCACUUACGGCCAUGAGGAUUGUGUCAAGGCUUUAGUCUACUACGACGUCCACUCAUGUAAAUUAGAUAUUGGUAAUGAAAAAGGAGACACCCCCCUUCAUAUAGCUGCUCGCUGGGGCUACCAAGGGAUCAUAGAAGUGCUACUGCAGAACGGAGCCAACCCGGAUAUUCAGAACCGAAUGAAAGAGACUUCUGUGCAAUGUGCAUUAAAUUCUACGAUUCUGUCUUUAAUGGAGCUGAACUACCUGAGGUUCGAAAGAAGGCAGAGUGCUUCUCAGUCACUAACCAGGUUGGAGGACACAGCCAGCCAAGUGUCAUCUGGCUCCAGUUUCUCUUCGGCUGCCGCAACAUCCAUCAUUAGACAAGACGGAACGAAAACUUAUUACAAGGAGGUAGAGAAACUCCUAAGAGCAGUUGCUGACGGAGACCUUGAAAUGGUGCGUUAUCUUUUGGGAUGGAUGGAGGAUUUAGAAGAAUCUGAGGAAGCUGGCAGUGUGGAGAAACAGGAAUUCUGUCAUCCCUUGUGCCAGUGUUCCAAAUGUGGCCCCGUGCAAAAGGAACUCUUCAGGGUACCCUCUAAUGGGCUUGGCGUGAACGCGACAAACCAUGACGGCUUGACGUCGCUGCAUGUGGCCGCCCUCCACGGGCGUGUUGACUUGGUCUCCCUCUUGCUGAAACACGGAGCUGAUAUCGGGGCCAAAAAUGCAAACCGCGCAGCGCCCCUUCACCUAGCCUGUCAGAACGGUCAUUUCCAGGUAGUGAAGUACCUGAUGGAGUCUGAUGCUAAGCAAAACAAAAAGGACAUCCAUGGAAACACCCCCUUAAUUUAUGCUUGCUUGAAUGGCGAUCAAGAGAUAGCGGACUUUUUGUUACAGCACAGCGCGUCAGUGAGCCUUUCCAAUAACGAGGGGAACACGGCCCUCCACAAAGCUGUGAUGGGAAGCCACGAAGCUCUGGUCCGGCUGCUCCUGCGGUACCAAGCACCAACUCACAUUAGGAACAACCGACAGCGGACUCCUCUAGACUACGCUGAACCGAAUUCAGGUAUCUUCAAGCUCUUACAAGCCGUAUCAAUGUCAGAAGAAGGAAGUCAGACAGACUGUGAAGCUCACAUGGCUGUGAAGAUCCGGAAAAAAAUUGGUCAGAAGCCCCCCGAAAUGGCGGAUGACGAUCUCGUUGCCCGGCGACUUCAGUUGGUGCUGUCGAUCAGCCAGUUUAACAAAUCAAAAUAUUUGCGGAAAACGAUAACGCGAGAUAAAAGCGUUCCUAACUUUGAUGACGAGUUAAUGCACCAGUUAGCCAUUAAGAGCUUUGAUAAGAGUAAACUAAAACCAGUGGACCUUUUGAAACAAAGCAGAGCUCAAAUUCUUGCUGCCGGCAGCAAAAACGAACCUACAAGAGAUGAUGACGACCCUGAUGAGGCAGCUACUCCACCUCUUAGAAGUCAGCUCAAGCAACGGAGACACACUGUCAACGUGGCCCUUCCGGACACAGAUGUCAACAGCAUCUCUGAUGUCCCCACCUCCAGAGAGCCAAGCGUUUCCUCGCUAGAAGGUUGCUCCAACGACGAGGAACUGACAUUGGAACACUGA